CUGACGAUCCAGUAAACAGAUCAUGAUCAACUCAGUCAAAAUUAGUCUUUGCCCAAUUCAGUACAUCUUUUCAAGAGAUAAUCAGCUGCAGUCUUGGCCAGUAACCAGUUACUGUACAACGGUUUCCAUUUCCAAAACGGCAAAACCCCAAUCACACACAGAAUCUACAAGCUGAAACCUAACCCAACCAGUCAAUAGUUCAUAAAUUUUCACACACAUAGGGGUCCUGCUGGUUAACAUGGAAGCCAUGACUCUGCGAAAAAUGGGCCGGUAGAUCCCAGAACCAUCUCUAUUCUCCACGAAUUGGCACUUCUGCGCAUGGAAGUAAACAAAAACCAAAUCAUUUCCAGAUGCUGAUAUAUAUAAAAAGCAAGUUCACAUGUUAACAAAACCUGAGGGUAGCAUAAGAAAGAAAGGUGAUCAUCAAUAGCUACACGUGAUGAAAGUUGAAAAGUAUCAGGCACGGAUGAGAUGUCGGCCAAGGUUUCUCCCUUUCUCAGCCAGGCUUCCAGCAAGAUGCAAAACUCCCAGGAAGCCCGUGAUGGAAGUCAGUGGAUUGUGACUUUGUGAGGCAGGCUAAGCUCAAGCCGUUCAACUUGCACACUUGCUCAUAGGUUGCAGAAAGCAGGCUGUUUCUUUCUUGAUACUCCCAGGAAACCCGCAAGGCAAAUAAGCAAGGCAUUGCCAAUUUCAGGUGGUUGUAACUUGUAAGUUUCUAGUAACAGCCGCACGUUGCAAGAAAGGUGCAUGAAAGAUCUACAACCAUGGAGAUAAUGUAUUACCGUGCACAUGCUUAUUUCACCUUAAAUAGCACGUAGUAGAUUCUUAUUGAAGUGUCAGAAAAAAAUGAACUUCACUUUCGAUUUUGAGAAGAGUGGACAUAUGAAAAUAAAGUGACCCAGAUAACACGAGGUUCUUUACUUGUGGUCAACAAGAAAAAAUAUUUAAUGUCUGGUACAUGAUUAGUUUGCUCAAGGAUCAGAAAGUAAUGAUAGUGGUGACUGCCUUUUAUUAUUGCCAAAAAAAUGGUCCCAGGCAUAUUGAAUAGACCUAUCUACUGACCAGAAGAAGUAUACUUGUACAAUAUAACUGCCAAAAUGCAUAGCAUGGAAAAGGAUGCUAAGAGCUGGAACAACAUUUAAGCUCACUUCAUGUUGUUACUUUGACAGCAUCACAAAAUAAAAGCAAAUGGAAACAUUUUACUUAUACUUUCUUAGCUAAUGUUAUAUCAAGUCUUCACUUCAGAUGCCAGUAAAAUGUUUCCAGUUAACAUCCGGCAAGAUUAGUACCUCAUAUAGAACGGAUUCAUACAGACAGCAAAGUGUGAUUUUUUUAAUCAUGGACUAAACUUUCACAUCACUACUAUGGAAGAAUGGAGUCCCUCCCUAGCUACAAAAUCAUAAAUGAAAUGACAUUUCAUCAUAUGAACUUCCAAUUUUUUAAUUUCUAGUUAAUUAUGUCUAUAACUCUGCAAAAUCCGAACUGCAAACAUCAUCUCCUAAACCCUGACCAUACUCAGUAGUGGUACACCAAAACAGUUACAGCCCAUCAUAACGAACCUACCAAAACCAUGAACAGUAAACUCAACCCACUUGUUUGUUUAUUUUCAUGUAGAAACAAAAAAGAACAAAUAAGAGCAGGUCACUAUCUUUUGAUGCCCACAUCAAGGAUCUCACUUCCGCUGUUUCCUCCAUCCUCUUCCAUCUUGGAGCCAAACCAAACUCUUAUUUAUUCUGCACAACCAAUACUUCAACACAGAAUAGUACCAUCCAUGAAAGUUCAAAGGCAUUCCAAGAUCAAAAUCCUCCUCAAUAAUCCAAAUAGCCUGUAAGUACUAGGAUCUACAGUAAGAUACACCCUGCUUCUUCAUAGAUACUACAAUGGAUAAUAUUAACAACAUCUUCCACAAUGACCUACUCCCAUCUCUAGGAGCAAGAGCAAAUCAAUCUAUCAAGUUGAGAAAAUUUAUCAUUUCUCCCUAUGAUUCCCGUUACAGGAUCUGGGAAACAUUCUUGCUUGUGCUCGUUGUUUAUUCAGCAUGGAUCUACCCGUUUGAACUAGCAUUUCUGAGACAUCUCUCGUGGAAGCUUUUCAUAGUUGAGAACAUUGUCAAUAGCUUCUUCGCAAUUGAUAUUGUUCUCACCUUUUUUCUAGCGUAUCUCGAUCACAAGUCUUAUCUUCUAGUGGAUAAUCCACAAAGGAUUGCAGCUAGAUAUCUCUCUUCCUGGUUCAUUUUUGACGUCUGUUCCACAAUUCCAUAUCAACCCUUUGGGCUGCUCUUUAACAAGCAUGGAAAUGGCCUUGCCUAUAGGAUACUUAACAUGCUUCGAUUAUGGCGUCUCCGACGCCUCAGUGCUUUAUUUGCCAGGCUUGAAAAGGAUAUCCGAUUGAACUACUACUGGAUAAGGUGCACCAAACUAAUUUCUGUUACUCUUUUUGCAAUACAUUGUUCAGGAUGUUUCAUUUACUUAAUAGCUGAUACAUACCCCGAUCCAUCAAGAACCUGGAUAGGAGCAGCAAUACCAAACUACAGAUCAGAGAGUCUAUGGGUUCGAUACGUGACAUCAAUUUAUUGGUCCAUUACAACACUCACAACAACUGGUUAUGGCGAUUUACAUGCGGAGAAUCCAAGAGAAAUGUCAUUUUGCAUAUGUUUCAUGCUAUUUAACCUGGGAUUGACAGCAUACCUCAUUGGUAACAUGACAAACCUGGUUGUCCAGGGAAGUUGCCGUACCAGGAACUUUAGAGAUACCGUCCAUGCUGCCUCUCGGUUUGCUGCAAGAAAUCAGUUACCUGAACAAAUUAGUGAUGAAAUGCUAGCUCAUAUCUGCCUGAGGUAUAAGACAGAAGGGCUGAAACAGAAGGAAACAUUGGAUAGUCUCCCCAAGGCAAUUCGUUCAAGCAUAGCAUGCCAUUUAUUCCUUCCUGUCCUAGAAAAAAUCUAUCUUUUCGAUGGUGUUUCCUUUACUUGCAGGCUACAAUUGGUUACCACAAUGGAAGCAGAGUACUACCCACCAAGAGAAACUGUCAUACUCCAGAAUGAAACACCUACAGAUGUUUACAUAUUAGUUUCAGGAGCAGUGGAAGAACGAAUAAUGAUUGAUGGGCGAGAAAAGAUUGAGAAGCUACUAUCAGGUGGUGACAUAUUUGGUGAAAUAGGAGUUCUCUGCAACAUUCCUCAACCAUUUACUUUCCGCACGUCCAGAAUUUCACAACUAUUAAGGCUUAACACAACAGUGCUCAAAAACAUUAUUCAGGAAAACAAACGCGACAAGGAAAUUAUAAUGAACAAUCUUUACCAGAAAAUGAACUCAGAUCAAAGGUUCUCUACUGACACGGUAGAGGUAUGUCAAGGGACGCUCGAUCAACACUUUGGAGAAUACAACAGAUGUUUUGCAGCCAAUCAAGUCAACAUAAACAAUGAAGCAAAAGCAGAAGAAACAUUAACACUGGCUUGCAGUGAAGAACGUUGUAAAGAACUCAAUGAAUCAGAUAGACAUGGAGCAAUUCACAGUACUAUUGAACAGGGUAUCUCCAAUAUAAACAUUGAUUUUCCGGAUAAAAGUGAAGAUAUGGAAAAUCGUGUUGCUACAAGUCAGAUUACGGACAAAUGGGAGGCAGAUGAACAUGAACAUACAUCGACCGACAAUUGCAUGACAGGAUAUAGAGGGGCUCGAGAUAGGUUCAAAAACAUAGGGAAAGACAGAAUAUCAGGGCAGCCAAUUAUCACAGAUAAAAUGCUUACAUGCUCAGUUGCUGGAGAACUCCAGGAGAUCACUGAUGCAUGCAUAGAAGCUGAUUCUGUGAUUUCAGAAAUAAAAAGAGUGACAAUUCAUAUGCAUCCACAACAGAACAGAAGUUCAGUGAUGCCAUAUGCAAAAGUCAUAAAUCUACCAGGAUCUCUGGAUCGACUUUUUGGCAUAGCUCGUGAGAAGUUUCCAGGUUAUUAUCCUGUGAAGCUGUUCAAUCAAGAUUUUGCUGAAAUUGACGACAUAGCAGUAAUUCGAGAUGGUGACCAGUUGUUUCUUAUGGAAGUUUGAUUAAGGAUGCUCAAAACUAUAAACUGUGGAAACAGCAAUGCAUAGGAUUUGAAGUACGACUCGCAUUUGAGAAAAAGUUGCCUAAAUCUCAGCAAACAGGACUUCAGCGACUUGGUAAAAUCAUGAAGAAAAUGCCACCCAGGAAUUAGUUGGAGCUACAGUUGUAGAGUAACUACAGUACUAAUUUAGUUCUGAAUGUAGAUAUGAAGAUAUGACGGAACAGUUUUAAAUCUGUUCUGCUGAUCAAAUGUUUGGCCAGGGCAGACCUCCGCUGAAUUGAUCGUUCUAGGCAAGAAUAUCACUUUCACGCAACAAAUAUUAGCAAUAUGGAACAUUUCACCAAGUAAGACGGUGAUUCUUUCACCAAGCGAGACGGUGAUUCUUGGCAAUGGUUAAAAACAAAUUGGCGAUCGACCUAUUCUAGCUAACUAAGGUACUCUGACCUUUUGAUUAUUAACUUGUGCGCUUUGAGACUGCAACUAUUUAGAUGAUAAUGAUCAAAUAUGGUCGAAUUCUUCAACAAAUUAGUACGAGCGAAAACUGGAAUUUUAUGUUGCGGCAACUGGCAACUACUCCCUCGAUAAAGAAAUACACCUUAUAUUUAUUUACAGAGGGAGUACUUCAUUUUCUCGGUAGAUAACAAUAACUCUGGGUGUUCAAAUUGGAAGUCGUUAGAUAUCACAUUCACAUCAUCCAAUCGAGACGGCGUCGGCUUGUAGUCUCUGCAGUCGGCACACGCACGCGCCCGCCAUCAUGCCUCCUUGGUUCGGGACGAAGCCAAGCGAGACAUACGAUAGAUGAAGGAAGCGCCCACCCAGCAGGAGGGCUAAAACCUGUAGUUUUGAAGUUGAAAACUCCAGCUUCGAAGCUGGAGUGCUUUAGCCCUUUUUUAAGCAAGAAUCACCGUCUUGAGCACCUUGCGCGCUCAAGAAGAAGCAAGGGAUGAGCGCUUUGUUGCUAAAGCGGAUACGUUUUCUUGCUGGGGAAGGCUAGUUUAAUUGAGGAUUGGAGAGGGGGGAGAGGUGGAAUAAAAAGCUCGGGAUGGAUUUUGGAGUCUUUGUGCGAUCCGUAUGCGGUGAGAGUCGCACAUACGGUAAGGAGGGGGGUUCACGUCUAUAGGUGUAGUGUGGUGGUUGGGCCUACCCACCCUAUUUGUUCCAUGAUCUAUGGGUCUACUGGAGCUACCCACUUCGAUCAAUUAGCCAAGAUUUUGACCAGAUACGAAAUCACUGGUGCUCGAUCUAGUGGUAUUUUUAUGGGGAUUCUUUUUAUCGUUGUAGGAUCCCUAUUCAAGAUUUCUGCAGUUCCUUUUCGGACGGUUGUAGGACGGAUGGCCCCCUAUAGGUAGUAGGGUAGGGUGGGUGGUACCACUCAGAUAGAGGCCAAUCCUCCUAACUGCGUGUGGACCGGGCUUAGAGCGCAUGAAACUCGUCACUACCUCGUAAGGGUGUUGAGACAAUAGCAUAUUACACAAAAGCGCCACUUUCUCAGGAGUGUUGUCACACAGCUGCCCGACUAGAAGAGCUACUCGCUCUGUAGUGUUGUCACACAAGAUAAGCACGCCGCCCGCCUGCUGGCCGGGCGAAGCGAAGUUAUCUUCCGGUCAACUGUCCACCUAGUCAAGUGCAAAAAACACAGUGGAAUCACGCAACACACACUGCUGGUGUACUUCCUGCCCACGAGGAAAGAAGAGCGACAAGGCUCAGAUUUGACUGUUUGCAGCAUGGGAGCUGAUUACCAAAAAAUCCCUGAGGAAAAAGAAAAGAUAUCUCGGUAACGAAAACCAUGGGAGGCUGUAUUGGCUAGAUCCAAGGGUUCACAGCAUCCCAAAAGAAAAUUCUCCUGGACGUCCGAGGACCUUUAGUACCAUACCGAACCAACAGCCUUCACGCCAAGCGACGACCGCCCUUGUCCCUUUCCCUUUUCCAUUCAGCCUACGUCUUAGCUUUGUUCCGUUGGUCUAAGGCAAAGCUUAAGUGGUUUGCCUACCUUACCCACUUGAUGAAAGGGAACGAACUUCGUUUCCUUGGCGGCUUUAUGGAUGGAUUCAGUCAGAAAAAACUCCUUCCUUUUGAAAAAAGUGACGCUUUGGGUCUUCGCUCCGAGGGUUAGGGUAUAGGCCGUUUCGAGCAAGCUUUCGCUUUUUCUCCCGGCUUUCUACAACUUUCGCUUUAGCUUCCAAAGGCGGCCCAAUGACUUUCCAGAAUUGGAAGUAUUCGUCGCCCUACCCUAA